UGACGACAUUCUAUCCAGAACAAAAUAAAUGUGUUUGGCAACAAUGAAAUUUACAGCUGGUAGCACUGGUUCAGUUUAAGCCUUCAAGUGGUUUUUGCGAAAUGAUGCUUUUGUUUACUUUUCGUUGUACUUUGAUUGUCGGUUUAGUGGUUUGUUGCGUUUAGUUUUAGUGAGAAAGCAUAAGAAUUUGUUCGAAACAAUGAAGUGUUUUGCUAAAUAUUGCACAAAUAAAACAACACCGGGAUUCAAGAACAUCGGGUUCUUUCGAUUUCCAGCGGAUGAAGACCUGCAAGUUGCAUGGAAAAAGUUCUGUGGAGUCCCAGAUCAUUUCGAAAUUACAGCUAGUUGUCGAGUGUGCAGCUUUCACUUUCUGCAGGAGGAUGUAUAUUUUGCUUCCGGCAAAGGAAAAAUUAUGCGGCGACGUACGGCAGUCCCAGUGUAUGAUUGCGUUCCACAGAUCGCCGACUGUACUCUCGGAGAAGAUGACCUGAGCGCGGACGUAUCGAAUGCGAGCAGUACCAUUGAGGAACCUGGUUCGGCAGUUAACACAGAGGUGUCCUUCGAAAAUAUGAUUCCAGUAAAGUGCUCCCCGUAUGACGAACACCAAGCUGUUUGUGCUGGCACAAAGAGGAAAUAUGAGAGUUACUUGAACAAUGUAAACCGGGAAGUAGUCGAAUUAAAGAAGCGCUGCCAUGGUCUUGAAAAAGUUGUCAACCAAAAGGAGCACUUGAUUACACAACAAGCGAAAACUACUGAUCUGGCUCUAAACGCUCUCAAAAGGACAUUUAACUCCGAUCAAGUCGACAUGCUUUUGUACCAGAAAAAACGACCAGGGCAGUGGAGUAAUGAGACUGUGACAGAAAGCCUUAAGACAAAAUUCGUGUGCGGAACGAAGGGUUACGAGCACCAGCGGAGUAAAUAUCCUCUUCCAUCCGAACGCACGUUGCAACGAAAGGUGGAAGAUUUGUCUUUCAACCCAGGAAUUUUGGACGAUGUAGUGGAGCUUUUAAAGCUGAAAGUCAGUACAAUGCCUCCAGAAGAUCUCGACUGUGGGCUCAUUUUUGAUGAGAUGUCCAUUGAAGAAGCGAAGAGUUUUUGUGUGUCUACCAGUCAGUUCUAUGGUGACAUAACCAUCCCUGGUCAAUCUGGACUGGCAACUAAUGCGCUUGUGUUUGUUUUGGUGGGAGUAAGAGCCAGGUGGAAGCAAACCGUCGGUUAUCACUUCACGGGCAACAGUAUCCCGGAUAAUGAUCUGAAAGAAAUCAUCUUCAAAAUUAUUCAGGAAGUGGAGUCAUUUGGAUGUAAGGUGCAUUUUCUCACCUCAGACUGCAGUCCAAAGAAUAAAAAGUUGUGGAACGCUCUGGAUUUGAAAUUCCACAAACAUGUAGUGCUCAAUAGUGAGGCUAUCGAGCACCCAACAGAUUCGUCGAGGAAACUGGAAAUCAUUCCAGACGUAGUCCACGUUUUCAAGUCGGCUGUUCAAGGAUGGAUUAAAAAUGGAGUGCUGUGGCUACCACCGGAUGUGGUGGCAUCUAAUGGGUUCUGUUCGAAUGAAGUCAAUAUUCAACACCUUCACGAUCUCGUACACUACGAACAGCAAAACUUGCUUAAAGUCGCCCAUAAUCUAAAACCGGAGGAUGUAGAAUUUGAAAAGAAAAGGAACAACUUUGAUGUGAUGAAGGUCAUCAAUUCUGAAAAAUUUGUAAACCGUAAUGUUUCGGCCGCACUUCGAUUCUACAGCCAUGCUGCAAACCGACCUGAAGUUCUACCAACCGUAUAUUUCAUAGAAACACUAUCACAAUGGUUUCAACUCUCGAAAAAUAGAUCGAUGAAAAUGGCUUUGAGCAAAGGUGAGCAAAGAUUCUGUAGUACUUUUAAUGAUUCAGUUAAUAUAGAGAAUAAUUUGGCUAGGGGUCAUCCACAAAAUAAGUAAUUUGUUACUAAACAACCAUAGAAGAAUUUCUUGCCUCCUAAAACCCCCACAUGCCAAAUUUGGUUCAAUUUGCUUGAUUAGUUCUAGAGUUAUGCAGAAAUUUGUUUCAUUUGGGAGUCCCCCUCCCCUCUUCGAGAGGGGGAGGGUCUGAAACCAGCAUAGAAAAAUUUCUUGCCUUCUAAAACCCCCACAUACCAGAUUUGUUAGAUUAGUUCUCCCCGGUCACAAACCAUCACAAAAAUCUUCCCUGUCCCAAAAACCUCUGCAUACUAAUUUUUACUAGUUUCCAAGUCUAUAUCUAUAAACUAUGUCUGAGGACGAAAUUACAUUUUCUUAGACUCUUCGUAUGUUUUAGAUUAACUCAUUUUUUUUAUUUAUAUUUUAGCAAAUUCGCAAAAGUAUAAGGAGACGCUGCAGUUCUAUAUUUUUUUCAAAAAAUUCAUUUACGCUGUGGAGGUAGGACAUAAACGGUAUUGGAAACCAUGGCAGGCAUCCAUAAU